ACACCAUGGCACUUAAGGUAAUUGCACUAGCCACUCUUCUGGCCGUUGCCCUUGCCCGCCCUCAGAACGGCUACGGUGUACCAACGCCCUCUCCAGCACCUGCCAAGUAUGACUUCAACUACGCCGUCAACGACCCACCAUCAGGCAACGACUUCGGCCAUCAGGAAGCCCGAGAUGGCCCUAACACUCAGGGUUCCUACUAUGUCCUCCUUCCCGACGGUCGUCUUCAGAGGGUCACCUACACUGUGAACGGUGAUUCUGGCUAUUUGGCCGAGGUCACCUACGAGGGAGAGGCAACACCACGCCCCUAUACACCCGCCCCUCAAUAUGGUUAAAUGUAGUGUUGUAAUAACCUGUACAUAUAAAGUACAUCGAUGACGUUCUUUAAUAUAACUGUAUGAAUAAUGUAGGC